UAUAUCUGUACAUCUAUGUGUCUGUGUGUGUGUGCAUUGGGACAUGCAUACAUGCACAUAUUUCUAAACUAAUUAAAGUGCAGUGUAAAAUGGAAAAAAUGAAUGAAUCACUCAGGGUGUAACAGAGGGGGAAUGGAAGGGGGACUUCCAUUAUUCCAGCAUCCAAAAGUGUCACCUUACAAAAAGUAUUUUUAACCAUGAAACAUGUGUGGUGUCAAUGUUGCACCCCUCGCUCUCCCUCUCUGCGCUCUGUGUGGUAUUGCUGCCUUCUCCGAUCCGACAGAAAUAAGCAGCCCGCACUGGGGCAGGUGGUCUCCACAUUAUUUCGCUGCGAGUCCCAGCGAAGCUCCAGUCGCAGUGAGGUCCUCUCCAGCUCUUAUCUCCUGCGCUCUGCCACACUGGAUCUGGGUCCAUAGCUCCGAGAAUCCCAGGCUGGUGAGAGUCCGUGACCCCGGGUUCUGUUUUUCGCUGCUGAAGAAAAAAGGAGGGUGCUUUCAGAGAGCGCUGUGUCUGUAUCUUCACCAGGAUCGAGAGUGGUACUGAAUCCCAACCAUGGCGGACAAAUUUGAAGUGUCAGGCGUUGAAGAUGAGACGGCUCAGCCGCUGAACCUCCUGUCCUUGCUGGAGCGGGUGGCGGGCAUCAUCAACGAGGUGCAGGCGUGCCAGCAGCGCAUGGAGGAGCGGCAGCUGGAGCUGGAGGGCAACGUGAAGAACAUCCAGUCCGAGGUACUCAAGCUGGCCAAGGACCACACCAACACCAGCAGCACGGUGGACAAGCUGCUGGAGAAGACCCGCAAGGUCGGCGCCAACAUCAAGGACGUGCGGGUUCGUUUGGAGAAGCAGAACCUGCGGGUCAAGAAGGUGGAGACCACGCAAGGGGAGCUGCUAACCAAGAACAAGUUCCGGGUUGUCAUCUACCAGGGGGAUAAUGAGAUCCCCUCAGUGCCGGCUGCGAAGGCGACGAAAGGAGCUGGAGCAGAGGGCCCUGCCGACGAGCCGGACGCCAUCGAUCCCCCGCCCGAGAUGUCGUCAGACGAGGAGUACAUGGUGGUGGAGGAGGCAACCUCGUCCACCGCGGGCCGCCUGAAGAAGACGGGCCUGAAGCGCAUCGAGAGCAUCAAGGCGACGUUCUCCCGGGAGAACCUGGCCAAGACCAAGGAGAGCCUGGGCUCCAGGGUCAACCGCCUGGGCGGGCGCAUCGUGACGGCCGAGCGCAGGGAGAAGAUACGCCAGUCCGGCGAGCGGCUAAAGCAGUCCGGGGAGCGGCUCAAGGAGUCGAUAGCGAAGAACGUGCCGGCCAAGCUGAACCUGAAGAAGGAGAGGACCGUGGCGGAGGGCCAGGAAGGGGCGGAAGGAGCCACGGAGGGGGCCGCGCCGGUCCCGCCUCCCAAGGGCCGCAAACCCAGCCCCGACGUCACCUACACCGAAGUGGCGACCGAGGGCAAGAUGGAGGGUCCCGUGUCAGAGCUGACUGGUGCCCGGAGAGUGGACGAGGGCAAAAUGCAGUUCGGCGACGAAGGCAAAGGGGAAGGGGCGGAAGUGCCGAUGUAUGACAUGAAACAGCUCUCCUAAACAACUGGAGCUCCCUAUGAGGAACAAGAGUAGAGCGACACUGCUGUAGAGGUGAAGUUCCAGAAGAAUGGUCUGAUUUUAUAAUUUUCUAAUAUUACAGUAACCCCAUUUCAUUUUUUUUUUUUUACAUACUGACCACUGAGCUCAAAGGAGUUGUAGUGUUAGUUUUUCUUUUUUUUAAGGUUUUUGGAGUUGGGUGCAGUUGGG